UGUGUGUGUGUGUGUGUGUGUGUGUGUUCGGGCUGAAGGUAAACAAAUGGACGCUGCAACGAGUUGCGGUAAAAACAUGAAAAAUGUGACUGAGCCGCGCGGAUUACAGCGAGUGAAAUGCCAGGACAGAAGAGAAAAUAUAAUGUACGGUUCCCUCCUAGUCGCAUCAAAAAGAUCAUGCAAAAGGACACACAGGUGGGGAGGAUUGCGAUGGCAGUUCCUGUGAUCAUCUCGCGGGCGCUGGAGAUGUUCCUGAAGUCUCUGUUGAUCAAAACCUGUCUGAUAACUCAGUCGAAGCCCAGCAAUGUCAUGUCCGUCGCUCACAUGAAACAGUGCAUAGAGUCAGAGAAGAUCUUCCACUUUUUGAAAGAAGUGAUGGAGCAGGCCCCAGCUACGGCAGCCAAGAAGGACAACAGAGGCCUCAGCAUGUGGCCAUUAUACAGAACCAAACGACAUGAAAUUUCUGUCAAAAAAACUGCAAAUGUGGGAGAAAUGGCACCUCGACACAGCCUGGACUCGCUCGACAACGACUCAAGUUCCAGCGAAUCAGAACUCUACAUCUGCUUAUAACUGAGUGUCAGACCAGAAGAUACAACUUUAAACUCCCACUCAUUUCCAUCACAUUUUUUGUGUGUUUAUUCAGAAAUAAGUGAUAUUUACUAGAUAAAAGCUGACAUCCGCAUAGAAGUUGUUUUGGGAAAAAGCAUUUAAGUUAUGUGCUAUAUUAGGCCAACAAUACUGUUUUGUUAUGUGACUCUAACUCUUCAAUUCUACCACAGUUUUUUUUGGGACAUGAAUGCUCUGUGCAGAUUUGUGCAAUAUUUAUAGUAAAUCCACUGCUUUCUUUGCAGAUUAGGAAAUUUUUGUUUACCUUUACUUGGUUUCUAUGUUUAAAAGUUGUUUUGUAGCUGAACUGAGAAGUUUCUUUGUGCAUUUUCCAUUUAGUAAUGAGCUCUUCACAUCGUUUUAGGUAAUCAGCAUUAUGCUUAUUUAGUUUUUUUGCCCCAGUAAAAGUAUCUGAAUGUGUCCUGCGGUGAUCUUUAAAAGCAAACCGUUUCUUUUGCUGAAUAGUGGUUUCUGCUUUGUGCAUUUAAUUUUACAGCACUUCUAAAUUAAUGUUUUAAAGGCAGAAAACAUUUACAUAUGAAAUGUU